AGUGUUUUACUAUGAUUUAUUAUGAGAGAUGGGUAGUAUAGGAAAGGGCAUAUAGAAUAGAAGCAUUGUGUUUGCAUUAUAUCAACAUGAUUGUACUUUAUCUGCCUACUAACUGUUUGUGUCCUUCCUAUGCUUUGCGAUUGCUAUUUAUUCUUACUUAUGGUGUAUUGUGGGAUCGUACGGUAAGUGAGAGUACUAAUUACUAACAUAGAAACUAUGUUUAAUCGUCAUAGAUCACUAAUCAUGUCUGACAUAGAAGAGAAUAGAGUAGGGAGCAACUCUAACCCUAUCGUUCUGAGUGAUGAUGACUCCAGCCCUAUCGUUCUAAGUGAUGGUGACUCCAAUCUUAUUAUGAGUGAUGAUGAAAAGGUGAUGAAUUAUGAACCUGACAGUAGAAUUCGUAGUCUAUAGCACAUUUGUCGCGAAGUAAUGAAAACAAGUGCAUAUGGUAGUGAUGAUGAGGCAAUUCGUGAGUAUGACCGUGCUGUGGGUCAAACAAAAAUGGAUAUCUACAAAGCCUUUCUGAGGGUUGAAUCUGAUUCUGAGCCUGAGAUUGAGUUUGAGUUUGAGCCUGAACCUGAGCCCGAGCCCGAGCCUGAGCUAGAGGAAAAUAAUCAUCAACUUCAAGGUCUACGAAGAUCCUCAAGGCCAAGAAAAGAAGCUUAUUAUUGUGAUAUGGAUGAUGAUGAUGAACUUAAGUAUGAGUUGUUCACCCUAGACGAUUAUAACGAAUCAAAGGACAAGUCCGAUGAUGUCUCCCUUUAACUUUGCUUACAUAUUUAGUUGCGUGUGAGAAAAUGUUGGACAAUUCGCCCAACCAUAGUUUAUGUUUAUAUCGUAGAACCUUUUUACUUUAUUUUGAGAACAGGUGUGUGUUAAUAUUUAGGAUUGUUAUCGACAUUCUUUUGAGGAAUAAAAGUUAGAUUAUGGAUUAUCCAAAGGAUCAAAGUUUAUUACGGGCACGCAAGGGGAAUGUUUUCUUCUUUAUUCAACCUUAUUAUUCGUGAUGAUUGAAGUUAUUCCUUGUUUCUCAGCUGAAUGUUCUGCAUGCAAAUAUCAUUCGUAGAUGAUUGUUCAUUUUAUGUGAAUUUUGGAUGUUGGUGUGAUAUUACAUUGCUAGAGGAUAAUAUAAGUAAAGUUUUGAACCUGAAUUAGAGUAUAUUAAUUUCAGGUCGCGUUCUAGGAUGACCAACAGUAAUGACCUAGCUGCUGUCUUUCGCCUCUUGGCGGAAAAACUAGCCCAGGAAAGAACUGAGCGCCCCAAUUCUGCAGGAGACAUGUUUGAAAGGCUUGCGAAAGUUAAGCCACCAUACUUCAAGGGGCAAGCAGACCCGACCUUCCUAGAAAACUGGAUUAGGGAGUUUGAAAAACUAUUUUGGGUGGUAAACUGUCCUGAAAAUAUGAAAAUAGGUCAAGCUGUCCUUUACCUAAAAGAUGAGGCCGAUCUAUGGUGGAAAGAGAAUGGAACUAGGCUAAGUGUUGUUGAAGGAUUUAAUUGGGACUCAUUUGUUGUUGCAUUGAGGGAAAAGUUUUAUCCUCCUUUCAUAACAAAACGAAAAGCGCAAGAAUUCAUAAACCUUGGGAUGGGGAGUAUGACUAUCGCUGAAUACUAUAGUAAGUUUAUAACUUUGUCGAGGUUUGCACCUGAGGUGGUAGCUACUGAGGAGCUAAAGGCUCAGAGGUUUGAGCAAGGGUUGACCGAUGAGAUUCAGUUGGGAUUAGAUGGAGAAACCUUUACAUCCCUAGAUAAUGUGCGUGAGAAAACCACCCAUAUUUAUGAAUUGCAGUCUAGAAGGGACAAGAAAAAUGUGGUUGGGGAGAAAAGAAAAGAGUUUAAUGCUGGGAAAAACCAAGGGAAUUUCAAGAAAAGUACGAAAGUGAACAGGAAUGAGGGUGGAAAUGGAAAUUUUCAACAGAGGAACAAUCAGGGGCACAACAAUAGCAACCAAUCUGAGAGAGUGCAUCACUGUAAGAGAUGCAACAACAACCAUCCUGGUAAAAACUGCAAGGGAGAAUUAGUGACAUGCAACUAUUGUCAGAAAAGGGGCCAUAGGGAGUAUGAGUGCUUCACCAAGCAGAAAAAGGAACAAAAUGGUAAUGGAAGUGAAAAUCAAGUGAGGUUUAACCAGUCUGGAAGACAAGAUUCAAAGCCUGGAGGGGCACAAAACAAUCAAGGAAACUAUAAUAAGCCCGCAAAUGAUAACAACAACCAGAAUAAGACUCCGGGCAAACCGUUCUUGAUGUCUAGAAAUGAAGCUGAAUAUUCUGCAGACGUAGUUCAUGGUACUUUUUCUAUUAACUCUGUGCUAGUUAAAACAUUAUGUGAUUCGGGAGCAACUUAUUCUUUUGUUUCGUCAUCUGUUGUUAAGAGUCUGAAUUUGGUAGAUUUUGAGUAAUUGAUUUACCUGUUAGUAUACCUACUAGUGUAACCAUAAGGUGUACCAAGUUGUUUAAGAAUCCGCCUUUUAAGAUAAAAGAUUGCGUUUUCUUUCCGAUUUGAUAGAGUUUAAUCUGGGAAACCUAUAUGUAAUUUUGGGGAUGGAUUGGCUAAGUUUGUUCAGGGCCAAGUUAGAGUUUGUAAUUCAGAAACUAAGUAUAAGGAACCCUAUUGGAAAUUUGACCUCAUAUAAACGUUUUGGGAAGACCAAGAACCUUGGGGUUAUUUCUGCAAUGCAAGUGAGGAAAUUGAUGAUAAGGAGUGUGAACUAUUUUUCUGUAGGAGCUAGAUGUGAGUUAAGAAGUCGGAAUGAAGAUCGAGGAUGUUCCAACUGUGAAUGAAUUCAUGGAUGUGUUUCCUAGUGAGAUUGCAGGUAUGCCACUUGCUAAGAGCCGUUGAGUCCCCUAUAGACUUAGUUCCUAGAAUGACGCAUAUAUCUAGAGCACCAUAUAGAAUGACACCUCCUGAAAUGAGCUAAUUAAGAAAAAGUUGCAAGAGUUGUUUGGUCAAGGAAUAUAUUAGGCCUAGUGCAUCACCGUGGGGAGCUCCUGUGUUGUUUGUUAAGGAGAAAGAUAAGAGUAUGGAAUUAUGCAUCGAUUUUAGGGAGCUAAACAUCAUCAAGAGCAAGUAUCUAUUGGAUCAAUUGAACUGGGCGAGUGUGUUAUCGAAGAAUGAUUUGUGUUUGAAGUAUCACCAAUUGAGGAUAGCUGAUAAAGAUAUACCUAAGACCUCAUUAGGACUCGUUAUUGUCAUUAUGGGUUUAGAGUAAUGUCUUUUGGGUUAACCAAUGCACCUGCCAUAAUUAUGGAUUUGAUGAAUAAGAUUUUCUACGAAUCCCGAAUUAAGUUCGUUAUUAUGUUACUGAUGGUAUCCUGAUUUAUUCAAGGAAUGAAAAGAGCAUAAUGAAAUCUUGAGGAUUACUUUGGAGACGCUUAGAUAGAAUCUAGUUUUAUGUGAAUGAAGUACACAAAUCUUGAAGUCAUGUGCGUAUAAGUGACACCGGUGGAAAAGUGAAGGACUAUAUUGAUCGAAAACCACGUUACGUAAGGGAGUAAAAUUAAGAGAAGAUUCGAGUGGUCCAGGAUUGUUAGAAAUUUGUUGUCUUGAAAAGAGGGGAAUAUAUGAAUUGGUGAAAUACUAGGAUUUAAGCCCAAGAGUUAUAAAUCCAUGAAAGGCGUAAUGAGGUUCAGUAGAAAAGGAAAGUUGAGCAGAAGGAGUGUCUGUAGAUCCUGCUAAGGUUCGAGCUGUGAGUGAGUGACCUACUCCAAAGAACGUGUCUAAUAUUUGAAGUUUCCUAGGCCUAUUUGACUGUUAUAAGAGGUUGUGAAGACUUUAGAAGAGAGCAAAACCAAUGGCAAACUUGUUGAAAAAGGAAUCAAAAUUUGAGUGAAGUGAGAAAAGUGAGGAAGCUUCUAGAUUUUAAAAGAGAAUUUGACCUCCGCAACUGUUGUCGCGUCAAUUGAAACCUUGUAAGCCUAAUUACCAAACCCAUGACCUAAAGUUAGCUGCUAUUGUGUUACCUGCGAAUAUUUGGAGACAUUACCUUUAUAGGGCAACACGUAAGAUCCUUACCGAGCACAAAAGUCUGAAACUUUGGCAAUAAGGCCCAGUUGAAUCUUGGGGACAACAUCGAAAAAUAUACUGCUUUCCACCCUGCAAUUGAUGGUCAGCCUGGGAGGACUAACCAAACUACGGAAUAUAUGUUGAGAGCCCGUGUUAUUGACUUUAAGAGUAACUGGGGAACCACCUAGAUUCGAUUGGAUUUCUUGAAAGAUAGUUACCAUACGAACAGUAAGAUGUCACAUGUUGAGGCAUUGUAUGGGAAAGAAGUGUAGAGGUUCCACUUGUUGGGAUGAUUUUAGUGAAAAUAUAGUAUUGGGGGCAGAAUUCGUUGAAGAAAGGAAAUACCCAAAGUUAUUCCCUGAGAUGAGUUACGAGGGCGUAACUCGUUUUCUUUAAGAGGGGUAGAAUACGAUAUAAAUUCGCGCUUUUUACCUAAUUUUAUGGUGUUUUUAUGCAUUUUUAUGCUUAUUUUAGCAAAUUAUUCAUGUCGAUGCAAGUAAAUAGAUUCUUCGCGUAACAAAUAGGUGUUCAUGAGUAAUUCAAGAAACUUUAAGUUGGCAAAAGAGUGUACAUAAAUGCCACAAGUAUUUCUCCAAUGAGAAUGAGUUGAAAAGUUUGGAAAGAUAGGUGAAUUUUCGUGUCAAGUUUCGGGACGAAACUUCUUUUAAGAGGGGUAGAUUGUAAUCCCCCGUAAUUUUAUACAUUGUUUAUAUUUUUUACGUAUAUUUAAUAUAUUUAAGUACAAUUUGCGGAUUUUAGAAAUGAAUAUGUAAUUAAAAUAUAAUUAUUUUAUCUCAUUUUGAAUACUUUAAUGACUUACGAAAUCAAAAUGUAUUUUCGAAUUUUACGUUAAAACGAAUUCGAAUUACGAAAAUCGAUUAAAUUUAGAAAACGAUCCUAUCCGAUUUUGGAUUCGAAUCCUAAAACUAAAUUCCUAAGUCUAGCCCAAUUGAAUAAAGCCCAAUAUUAUAAACCCAUAACCCCAUACUUCUACUCCAUGUAAAACACAAAACACAAAACACCAAACCCCUCUAUUCCUACUUCACGUAAAAACCAAAAAGGGCAAAACCCAUCUCUCUCCUUUCCUGCUUCCUCUUCCUCCCUCUGCCCAGCCGCCGACCACCACGAGCACGCCACCAAGGCCGCCAGACCACCUCGCCGCCACGUCGCUGACCACCAGCUCUCACCACCACCUUGCUCGCGCAGCCCCCGCGUCGCCACCCAGCCUGCGCCGCCGCUGCCUUGUCCCUGCUCGCCGCCACCGCAAGUAGCACCACCGUGUGCCGCCGUCUCUCAGCCCUGCCGCAAGCCACCUCUGUCCGCCAGCCAACUCUCUCUCCUCCUUCUUGAAUUGGCGGAGAAUUCUCUUUAGGCGACUUUUGAAAGUGUUAAAGUGGCCUAUCAGUUUGUUUACACAAGUCUCUAAGGAUCAAUAAGCGUUGCCCAUCUACAGGUUUGAAGAUGAUGCAUCAUUGGGAUCGGGAUUAGAGAGCUUGUAGUUCUAUUCGUUUAAUUAAGUGAUUUAAUUUGUUAACUUGGAUUUGAAAUUUGUCGUACUAUUCGUAUUUCCUUAAUUCAGUUAAUUGGUUUGGACCUAAUAUGUAAUAGAUUAUUUAUGAACCUAAAAGUUAGUUUUAUGUUUUCCGCUGCAAAA